AUGAGCAGAUCAGGCUCACAAAGGACCAGCAAGCAGAAUAAUUGGCGGAGAAGCUUUAAAGCCUGCUUAAACUGCCGGGCACGCAAGGUCAAAUGUGACCUAGGGCCAUUAGAUGCCCCGAACGACCCUCCAUGUAGGAGAUGUAGAAGGGAGGGCAAAGUAUGUGAAUUCUCAGAGGCUAGUAAACGAACCCUACGUGAUAAGAGUAUGAACCUUAUCAAUUCGGAGACUAAUGAUGACUCUGACGGCUGGCGAACAGCGAUCGUUGGUAUGAUAAACGGUAAUCGAGGAACUCCGAAUAAUGCACAUAAUAUAUCAAGCUCUGGUCUCAAAUGGAAGUUCGAUACCAAUUCGAUGCAGAGUGCUUUAGUGUUUCUGGCGAAAGCUGCCGGCUCAGUCGCGAAGCAGGAUGAUUCAAUGACGCAAUUGGAUCGCCAAGCCAUGUCGAGCGCUUCCAGCGGUGCUCAGCAGGGCAGCUUAAUCUCUAACGUUUCUUUGAGCAUUUCAGAUGAUAGUACUGCCGUUUCCCUGCAAGAUAUCGAUACGUCAAGCGAGAGAGCUGCCCCACUCAUCAAGAAGCUCAGUAGCGUGAGACCAAAGUCUUCAAGGAGGCUUACAGAUAUUCAGUACAUUGGGCCUGGUAAACUUAUAACUGAGGAUGAAGCGGUGAAGCUAAUUGAGGUCUUUUUUCUAACUAUGCAUCCAUUCUUUCCUCAUAUCCCGCUUCAGUUGCAUGAUCCUAGAGAACUGGUUAGGUAUCCGCUAUUGUUAUGUGCAAUAAUUACCAUCUCGGCAAGAUACCAUGCGUUCCAUGAAAUAGGAUUGAAAGAUGACGAUAGUCAUCGCCGUCACAUCAAGGUUCAUGAGCAGCUGUGGGUUAACUGCCAAAAGCUCAUAUCCAAGACGAUAUGGGCCGAGGCUAGUACAAGGUCCAUAGGUACUGUGCUUGCAUUUCUUCUCUUCACUGAAUGGAACCCCAGGGCCAUUCAUUGGAAUUGGCCUGACUACGCCAAUCAAGGUGAUGAUGCACAGAAUUCCAGGAUGGAAGUGUCCGAGUGGUCGAACACGGAAGGUGAUGGCGGACUCAGCGGCAUGGCAGCGAUCAGGCGCAGUGACAGGAUGAACUGGAUGCUUACUGGCACUGCGGUGCGGCUGGCCCAGGAUAUGGGUCUCUUGGAGAUCAGCGGCAAGAUAUUUACCGCCGCACACAUAGCGGAGACAUACACAGCAAUGAACGUUGGACAGCGGUCGACAUUGUCCGAGUCCUUGAGUGAAAUCAAUUUUGAUGCCUUGGAGGCCGACCGAAGCACCGAAUCUGCGGAGCGUAUUGGUGGAAACGAGAAGUUUUACUUAGAGCAGAUCUUGCAGGAUGACGAGAGCAAGGGCAGGUGGACUGGAUUUCUUCAUGAUAUCAAAGAAAGCUCAUCGAACUGCGGGGCAGGACCUCUGAGUGACGUUGAGCUUGAAUUUCUGAAUGACGAGUACGUACUGUAUUACGCUGCAAGCGAUGAUUCACGUCCCAGGAACUCUCCGGACACGCUGCCUUAUCCUUUAAGAUUUACUCAGGUUCAGAGAGCAAAGAUCGAGCUCUUACGUAUUAUAUCGAUCGGCUACGAGUCGAUAUACUCAGGAAAGGACAGACAGCAGCUACUCCUGAAUGAUCCCAGACGCAACCUAGCACUGCUGCAGAUCAUAUCUCCGCUGAUUGAAAGCUGGGGCAAGACCUACCAGGCGCUGCAAAAGCCAGCGGAAGGCUCGCUCGACGACAGCGGCAGCAACCCCUCCCACAGCAGAAGACAGUCUCUGUCGCUGGUGCAAACAAUAGACGGAGAGAGCCUAAUAUGCGAGUACAACUACUGCCAACUCUACGUCUACUCCCUCGCGCUGCAGGUCGACGUGAGGGAAAGCCAGCUGAAACCCAACGACAUCACCAGGUGUGCCAAAUACGUAGAGCUGGCUUACAACGCCGCCAAGAAGCUGCUCGCGUCUGCUACAAGACUGCAACGGCUCCAGUUACUGAAAUGCGUGCCCGUGAGAUGGAUCGUGAGGAUCGUCAGAUCGGUCGCCUUCAUCGUGAAAUGCUAUCUGACGCUCAUGGGCAACACAGCCCUCAACGACCCGCUCACCUCCACGAUCCUCAAGCUCACCGUUAUCUCCCCGGAAGAACUCCUACAAACAAUACAAACCGCGGCCAUCAUACUCAGGGAGGCCAGCCCCGACGAACUGCAUCUCUGCACCCGCUAUUCCACCAUACUCAUGUACCUGUGCUCCGAAAUGCACAACAAAGAGCCGCAACCACCACGACCGGCCCGAGAAACCUCCAGACCUCAGCACACGCCGCAAGACACCACAACGGCCUUCCUAAACGACUGUCCGAACUCCCACCGCACUCCCUCGCUCCCCGCGGAGGUACUCGACUGGUUCACCACCAGCGACGAAAUUGGACUCGAUUUCGUUGAGUCCUGGACCGAGAUGAUCGAACAGCGUUACUUACAGAACAGCGAAGAUGUCAAGGAACAGCUGCUAGACAGCUUCUACGAUCAACUCUCCUCCAGCUCCCUGCACAGCCCCCACAAGCAUUGA